GGCCCGAAUAGCCAUCCCAUCCAACACAAUAGCUCGGCUAGCUGCAUGUCCUUAUAGCCCGGCCCGGCCGCAUCGAUGUGUUGUGUGUAGACACCAAAUCAUGGCGGCGCUAGUUGGGAAAACAGUCGAGCUCUGAGCGUUGCCGACGGCGGAUUAGAACUACUACACACACAAUUCUUUUCUUUACACACACAAGGCUAUACACUACACACACUAGCCAAGAGAGAACUUGGGAGAACCUCUUGGUGGGUGUAAAGAAAAAGGGAAAAAGAGUUUUGCCUACAUACAGACCGCAGUAGUUCUUCAGUCGUUGCUCCGGCCUCCAACCAGAAGGACAUCACUGACUCAACCAGUCCAGCAGCAGCAGCUAGUGGCCCAGCGGACAUGGUUUCACAUUGAACAACAACAACAGCAACUACUACUUGUACCUUUGAUUGUUUCAAACACAACUUGCAGUGCGCGUCAUCAAGUGUCGAUUUGAUCCUCCCAAAAUUUGAUUUUGUUUUUUUAAAUUCUGGUCGUUCAUUUAUUGACGCAAGUGCGACACACACGCGCCGUGUCGUGAGUGAAUAGAAAAAAAGAAGACGACUGCUGUUGUUGGUGACGUCGGUCGGCUGUGCUGGGACACCUGUGCGCGCGCUCCCGCACCAUCACAUCGCCAUACUCUCUAGUGUCCCUCAGUCUCAGUGCGUGUGUCUGUGCGUGUGUGUGUGUGUUGUUUUUCUCGGUUAUUUCUAACCGCAGCAUUCACCUUCAAUCGGCUCAGCCGUGCGAGCCGAAUUGGACCUUUUAGACGCCAACAACAUCCACGUACAACAUCCCCCACCACUUAUCAAUAUAUCUUUUAAACGGUUGGAAAUUUUUGGUGUGCCGUCGGUUCAUUUGAAAAUAGAAGAAAGAAAGUGAAUUUGUGAUUUUGGGACUUUGGCAUCAUCAUCUGGGCGCGUAACAUUUAAAUUCGACAAAAUGUACAAGGGAAUGAACCAAACGGCUGCCCAGCAUCUCUUGUCCAGCAUGCUGCCCUACGACUCCAUGGGCGGGAUGGGCCUCUACGAGCAGACCAAGCCCAGUCUCAUGUACAGAGUGCCGCGCGUCAUUCCCGACCAGAAGGGCCGCUUCGAAUCCGACGAGCUCUUCCGUCGGCUCAGCCGAGAAUCAGAGGUGAGAUACGUUGGAUUUCGGGACCGGCCGUUGGAGGAGCGCCAGAUGAGAUUUGCGGCCGGAUGUCGAGAAGGACACGCUGAAAUCGCUAUUGUGGCGACGGGCACUAACUUCCAGUUAGUCUUCGGACCGGGCACGUGGGGUUUCAGCAGCGACGCCAACCGCGAUUGCGAUUUCGACAAGGAGCCCGGCAAGGUUCACAUCAAGUCACGUUUCAUUUUGAACGGAGUUUGCGCCAAAUGGCGGGGAUGGCUCGACCUGGACCGCCUCGACGGUGUCGGAUGUGUCGAAUUCGACGAAGAAGCCGCUCGGAUUGAAGACGUUUACCGGCGGGAACAAGUCGAACGUUUCAAUCAGCGCCUGCGCGAAUUCGAGGAAGACCAACGGGCCUAUCGCAAUCAUCACGUCGCCGCCGCCGUCGAACGCCAAUCCCAAUCUGAACACAACAAUCCAGACAUGGUCGAUGCGCGCAAGAAGAUGGAUCUAUCCUCAGGCCACGCCCCUCACUGAGUAUUAAAAGAGAGCCGUCGGAUGCAAGGACAUACAACACUAUACAUAAAAUAUAUCCGUCGAUUGUUUUUUUUCCUUUUUUUUCCCAUCAUCUGCUGUUGUGUGUGUGUGUGUGUGUGUCUAAUUUCAUCUCAACCCAAACAGACAGUUAGAUGAUUGCCGUCUGCGUGUCCGUUAUUCAGUUGCUCUUCUGUUUUUCUUUUUCCUCAUUGCGAUGACUGAAACAAUUGUCUUUUUCUUUUUUUUUUUCGUGUGUGUUUAAUUGCAUGAUAAUGAUAUAUCAUAUAUACGCGAGCGAUUCGGACCGCUAGUCAGGUCACACUUGAAUUCAAAUUUCACAACAGCGCCAGAAUUUCGUGCGUUUCUUUUUUUUCCCCAAUCUCAUCGUCAUCUCAUUUUCUUCGUUCGUUUUAUUCUUUCCCCUCGAUAUAUGGACUGUGUGUGUCUUGGGUUUUCUAUGUUUUUUUUUCUUCUUGUUAAUAUCACAAUUCUCCUGAAACGAAGAAGAAGAAAAUAGUAACUUGAACUAAUAACAUUUUCAAUUGAAAUUUAUUAACUGUAUAAUAAUUCGGCGUGUAAACUGCAAAGAAAAACACAUCAACCACAGCGCUAAAAAAAAGUUCCUCUCAUAUCCAUCAUCCGGAGUGUUCAAAAUGAAAAACCUGCAACGCUUCCUCCACACUAUUACAACACCUCAACCAUUUUUGUUUUCUUUCUAUAUUCUGUUUCCCUAUCGCCGUGUUGAUUUUGUACGCACGCAAAAAUAAUAAGCAGAGAUUUUGUCCUUUUUUUUUUUAAUGUCUUUUGCGUUCGAAAAACUUUCCGUGACGUAAUAAGAAUGACAAAUCAUUAAAUUCAAAUUUCAUCUCGAAAAAUGAAUUUUUUUAAAUUUUUUCGUGUGUGUGCGCGUCUUCGGUGUUACAUGAUGAUGAUGACCGCCGUUCGUUCGUUUCAACUCCGCGUUAUUGAUCCUUUAUUGCGUGUUGUUGUACAGUGUGUGUGUGUGUGUAUGUGUUUGUGUGGCGUCCACAUCAAAUAUACCGUAUACUAUAUAACA